CACAUCCCCUCCCAGUGUACCUUGGAUCGUCUCCCUCUCUCAAGUUUACCCUUUACUUUCUCUCCUGUGAUAGAAAUAGAAAAGGUUGAACAAAGCAAGUAAAAGCACACAGUCGAACAGAAAAGAUGGCUCCUCGUGAUAAGUCUAAUGGGGCAGUUAAGGGAGGCAGUGGCGGAGUUACAGGUAGCGGUAAGGAGGUGCAUUUUAGGGGGGUGAGGAAGAGACCAUGGGGUCGUUAUGCGGCGGAGAUCAGGGAUCCUGGGAAGAAGAGUCGUGUCUGGUUGGGAACCUUCGAUACGGCGGAGGAGGCGGCGAGGGCUUACGACGCUGCCGCCAGAGAUUUUCGGGGUUCUAAGGCCAAGACUAACUUCCCUUUGCCUUCUGAUGGUAACAACAUCAAUAGCAACCAGAGUCCCAGCCAGAGCAGUACAGUUGAGUCUUCCAGCCCGGAUGGUUUUUCUCCGGCACCGAUCGCACCUCCCUCUCCCUUGGACCUCGAUCUGCUAUACCGUGGUGCUGGCGGCGGGAAUGGCGGUGGCGCUGGGUUCGGCUUAAGAUUUCCGAUCCAUCAACACUCUCAUCCACAUCAACAGCAGGCGGCGGCUGUGGCGACUGCCGGCGUUGGAGUAUUGCCGACCGCACAUCCGCUUUUCUUUUUUGACGCGUUUGUUCGGUCGGAGAACAUGGGCAUGAAACACAUGAACCAUCACCGUCUGAGGUUCGACCCAGCUGCUGCUGAUUUUCAGGCUGCUUUUGGCGGUUGCGGUGGUGGAGGAGCCCAGAGCGAUUCCGACUCGUCCUCAGUUGUCGAUUUCAGCCACCACUCACAUAGCCCUCCUAGGAGACUAGAUCUUGACCUGAACCUUCCCCCUCCGCCGGAAGUUGCUUGAUAACUCAAUCUGAACGUCCUGCGCCUCGCCGGUUCAGAUCGGGCUUUUUUUCCCCAAAAAUAUUCUUCUUUUUU